UAUGAAUAACCCUUCUCGUUUUCGACAAAGUUCGAAUACCUAAAGUGUUAAUUAUUUACCUGCUUGGAAACAAAAUGAUUCUGAAGAAAGGAAGAAAUACCAAAUAAUCCUUCUCCCUGUCACUCAACCGAGAGAGGAUUAUAUCAUUAGUUCAAUUUAUUAGAUGUUCAAUACUCAAGACAUAGAAGUGAAUAAACUUAUUUAUUAUUACUUCUAUAAGCUAAAGGAGAGUGGGCCUCAUUAAUUCUUAACAAAUAAAUUGUACUAGGUUUAAUAAGAAGAAUUAGAGUUCUUUAUUCCUUAAUUAGUGUAUAUAACUCAUUUUUAUUUCAUUUAGGUAUAUACUUAUAAAGAAUGAUUCUCCUUAUUUAGAGAAGUUCAUAACUACAUUGUGUAACAAGAGCAUUGCAUUGUAUUAAUUAAUUAAAUGGUGUUGGGUCUCAUAUUCUGACAGGGAUAGGACGGAUAAGAACAAAAUGAAGAGAUUAUAAAGAAUAGACGAUGUAAAAAUUACAAUUACCAUACUAGUAAUUUGAAUAAUCGAUGCUAACAUUACACAAUGAUCAUAGUGCAGUCAAAAUCCCUAAUUUAUAAUUAAAAUCAUAUCAGAGUGUUGUAGAUCUCUAUCUAAAUAAUUUGAUUUAAAUGUCCUUGAUACUUAAAACCUAUAAGCCAGAGGACAGAAAACCUAAAUUAAAAAACUUUAUUACUAGAGCUAAUGUGGCUUUAGAGAAAUAUCGAUUAAAACAUUAAGAAUAUUACUUUUGUUAAGGAAUCACUGUACCUUUUACUAUGAGCAAAGAUUAAGACGUAGCUGUACAUUCAAAUUUAGUAGUUAGAAUUAUCGAAGGAGAAUGCUCAUGUUUCAAUACUAAAAAAAGGGUACCCUAUAGAAUUGUAGUCGAAACCAUAGAGUAUUUAUAAAAUACUUAUUAUAGUCCUCAUGAAUUGAAAUACAAACAACCAAAGAAGACUGCAAACAAUUCAAUCACUAAUAAUCGAUCGAUUGCUAAUUUAGAUGAUGAUACAAUGGAAGACUUCUUGUAAGCUGAUUUAAAUCAACCGAAUAAAUAGGAAAUAGAAAAAAAAAUGGAAGAAUUGGCUAAAAAUCGAAAUAAAAAGGAAUAUAGUGAUUUAAUGAAAAUAACUUAAAAAAAAGAACCGAAAAAGGGAAUGAAAAUGUUUAAAAAUAUAAUGAGUGCUGUCUAUCUAACAAAGAAAGAGAAGGCUACAGAGAAUGAAUAAGAUUAAGAAUUGAUUCUAUAGGAACAAAUAAUGAAGAAUCUGUAAUUUUAAAAAUAAUUUACAAAUGCAAUUGAGGAGGAGAAAUUUUAAAAAAACCGACAGCGGUAUGUGUUUAAAUUAUUAAAAGGUUCAAUAUUUUAUUUCCAGAAAAAACUAAUGAGAGAACUUAGUCAUGCAUUCCUAAAUUAAACAGUAAAUAUAGAUAACAGGGCUAAAGGAAAGAUAAGAAUUACUGGCUCAGAUUAUACAAAGAGAAUUUCAAAAAUGGAUUUAGACAUAAACAUAAAUCCAUCAAAUAAUUAACUGCCCUAGGAAGAGUUAGAUUCUUUAAGGAGUUGUUAUUAUGUAUUUAGAUUUUAAAUAAUUUAGUUUGUCCCAAAUAAGAGGAAGUAUUAAAAAAGAUAUAUGUGCAUCUUCAGUAUGAUUUGAUUGAGAAAAAAUUAGAAAAAAAUAAAGUAGAUAUUCAUUAGGAUGGAAUAGAAUUACAUAGCAAAUUUGGACCAUGGGAUGAGUUAUGGGAAGAUAGGGCGGAAAUGAUAAAGAGAGAAAGUCCUUAUUAACAUUUUGAAACAUAUCGACUGAAACCUAUUAUUGUUAAGGGAGGAGAUGAUCUGCGCUAAGAACUUAUGACUAUGCAGAUCAUCUAUAAGAUGUAUUAGGCCUUUUAGAGUCAUGGUUUGGAUAUGUAUGUGAAGGCAUAUGAAAUCAUAGUUGUAAGUGCAAGUUCAGGUAUUCUGGAGUUUUGUGCAGACACUAUUUCAAUUGAUGGUUUGAAAAAGAAGUACCCAGCCUGCAAAUCUCUAGUACAUAUUUAUAAAGAAAUAUUUCAAUAAGAUUUUGAAGAAGCCUAAAUGAGGUUCAUUUAGAGUCUUGCCUCUUACUCAAUCAUCAGUUAUUUAUUAUAAAUAAAGGACAGACACAAUGGCAAUAUUUUGAUAGACAGCAAAGGAAGGAUUGUACAUAUUGAUUUUGGAUUUAUUUUGUGUAUUUCUCCUGGGAAUCUGAACUUUGAGAAGGCUCCCUUUAAAUUGACUCAAGAAUACAUUGAUUUAAUGAAUGGAAGGAAUUCUGAUCUGUUCUUAUAUUAUAAGAAUCUUAUGUAUAGGGGAUUCAAAGCACUUCAAGGUUAUGUUGACGAGAUAAUAAUGAUUAUUGAGAUCAUGAUGUAGGACAGUGAUUUGCCUUGUUUUGAGAGAUUUGACAUCAAAGAGUUUAGAGAUCGUUUCAAAGAGGAGGCAAGUGAUGAGGAAUUGUAAAGAUAUGCUGAAAAACUAAUUGAUUACAGUGAUAAUAAUUGGAGAACUAUUUAGUACGAUAAUUUCCAAAGAAUGACGAAUGGUAUUAUGCCUUGAUUAUUAAAACAUGC